AUGCCGACGGGGAUCGAAACCCGCGACUCGGGGGCCGCCGAGUCGGUCAACGGCGGCAUCGCCGCACCCUACGGCCGGGCCUGCACCAACUGCUCCCGCGCAAAGUGCAAAUGCAUCCUCCGCCCCGUCGGUGGGGCCUGCGAGCGGUGUCACCGGCUCGGCAAGUCGUGCCAGCCGAGCAACCCCAUCCGGAAACGCUCCAAGAAGCCGCCGUCCAGCCGGACCGCGCAGCUGGAGGAGAAGCUUGAUGGACUUGUUACGCUGCUGAGGCAGUCGGGAAGGCCGAACUUGUCGGCUGAUUUGGGUGUUGAUAUUCACUUGUCUGGGGGGUCUGUUUCCUCUUCGUCGACGACGGCUGCUGCUGCUGCUGCGGAGGCGGCGAGGAGGCAGUCAUCUGAGAUGGGAGAUGUGCAUGGCGCUGGCGGCGAGGGUGGUGGAGGAUUUGACUCGGCGCAGCAUUUCGGCAAAGGUGAUCGCAGAGACCGUGGGGCGUCGUUGCCGACGCCGACGCAGACGGCUAGCCCCGAAGAACCCGGGUACGGCGACGAGUUACCAUCGCCAGACGAGGCGGAGGCACUCUUUGAGGCGUUUCGUGGUCAGAAUCUCAAAUACUUCCCGUUUCUCAACUUCAAGGCUACGAUGACGGCCGAGGAGCUGCGCGGCGAGAGGCCGUUUUUGUGGAUCUGCAUCAUGACAGUCGCGUCGAGGGUAUCAAGUCAACAGCUUGCGCUGGGGCAGCGUGUGCGGCAGAUUGUGAGCCACAAGCUGCUUGUCGAGAAUGAGAGGAGUAUCGAUUACCUUCUCGGGUUGUUGGUGAUUUUGGGAUGGGCAAACCACCAGCUUGGUAACAAGCCGUUCAUGUGCUUGUUCUGUCAGAUUGCUAUCGGUCUCAUCUUUGACCUGGGAAUGUCCCGCGACCCCUUGGACAGCCUGAACCCUUUCCUCUGCUGGAAGGCUGCUCAGGAGAGGGCUGACCGGGAGAAGACUGGGACUGUGGGGCAGACUCUGUAUGUCAAGUCGCAGAUGCCGCGGACGAUGGAGCAGAGGAGAGCUGUGGUUGCGUGCUACCUCAUCUCGUCGGCCGUCGCGAGUUUCUUGGGCAAGAUGGACCCCUUGCGUUGGACACCACACAUGGAUGAAUGUCUGCAAGUUCUCGACGAGCAGCCCGAGUCGCCCUCAGACCGCACCCUCGUAGCACUAGUCAGGAUGCAGCUACUCAAGGAGGAGGCCGGGAAGAUGUCCGCGGCAUGGCGUCCCGAAACCACGUUCGACAUCGUCGAUUCGCACAGGACGCCGCCUGCCAUGUAUGUCAAGCUGCUACAGAGGCAGCUUCAGCAGCAUAUCCAGAGCCUGCCGUCAGAGCUCCAAAGCACAGACACGAUCAUCGCCCAACUUCAUUGCACAGAACUUUCCAUCCAAGAAAUCGCCCUCUCCAACAAGACAGGCACCUGCGUGCCCGCCAACCUCCCCGACGUAGCCCGCCUCGACAUCUACUACGCCUGCCUGCACGCCGUGAAAGCCUGGUUCGACCACUUCCUGACCCUCCCGCCCGCGGCCUACUACACCACCCCCUUCCUCACCUUCUCGCAGCUCUCCCACUGCAUAAUCGCGCUCUAUCGCCUCUCGGUGCUCGAGGACCCCGUCUGGGACCGGGCCAGCGUGCGGUCAACGAUUGAUCUCAUUGCUACGCUCGACGAGAUCGGCGACCGGUUUAUGAGAGUUUGCAGCGAGGCUGGAUUGAAUGUUGACGUUGAGGAGGGAAAUGCGUUUGCGAAAGCUGUUAAGACCAUCAAGGGGCUCAAGGGAACGUGGGAGGCUUCUAUGGCGCCGUUGGCCAAGGUUGAUGCGCCUGCUGCAACGGGGGUUGACGGGACGGGUGUCCUUGGGGCUGGGAUGGGUGGCGGUGCUGGGGUUGGGGAGGUUGAGUUGGGGCAGUUUGGAUUGGAUUUGAUGGAUAAUCGGUGGUUUACGGAUAUCUUUACACCGUUCGACUUUUAG